UUCAACUGUAUUUUUAUUUUCACCUCUCCAGAUCCCCAUGACCCACCGGCACCGUCCUCCACCCUCACCGGAACCCCAUCCCACUACCACCACCACCUACAACAUAAUCCCCAUCCACAACCUCCUCGCCGACCACCCCUCCCUCCGCUUCCCAGAAGUCCGCGCCGCCACCGCCGCCCUCCGCGCCGUCGGCGACCUCCGCCGCCCACCCUUCAUCCCAUGGCAACCACACUACGACCUUCUAGACUGGCUCGGCGCCUUCUUCGGCUUCCAAUCCCACAACGUUUCAAACCAACGCGAACACCUCGUCCUCCACUUAUCCAACGCUCAGAUGCGGCUUCAACCACCGCCGGAUAUCAUCGACACCCUCGACCACACCGUUCUCCGCAAGUUUCGCCGGAAACUUUUGAGUAACUACACUCGUUGGUGCUCGUUUAUUGGAUGUAAAUCUAACAUCUGGAUCUCUGACUCUCGCCGUCAGAUCUCUGACGCCGAUAGCCGCCGUGAGCUUUUAUAUGUAGCCUUGUAUUUAUUAAUUUGGGGUGAGUCCGCUAAUCUAAGGUUUAUGCCUGAAUGCAUAUGUUACAUAUUUCAUCACAUGGCUAUGGAGUUGAAUAGAAUACUAGAGGAUUAUAUCGAUGAGAAUACCGGGAGGCCGGUUUUGCCGUCGAUAUCGGGCGAAAACGCGUUUUUGGAACGCGUGGUUAAGCCGAUAUACGAUACGGUUAAACUAGAGGUGGAGUUUAGUAGGAACGGGACUGCGCCACACGCGAACUGGCGAAAUUACGAUGACAUUAACGAGUAUUUUUGGGAUAAGAGGUGUUUCGAUAAGUUGAAGUGGCCGAUUGAUAUUGGAAGUAAUUUUUUCGCGACGACGAGUAGAGGGAAGCGGGUGGGGAAGACGGGGUUUGUGGAGCAGAGGUCGUUUUUAAACCUGUUUAGAAGCUUUGAUAAGUUGUGGAUCAUGUUGUUUAUGUUUUUACAAGCGGCGAUUAUUGUGGCGUGGAAAGAUAGGAAGACGUAUCCGUGGGAGGCGUUGGAGGAUCGGGAUGUUCAGGUUAAGGCUUUGAGCGUGUUUAUUACGUGGAGCGCGUUGAGGUUGUUGCAGGCGGUUCUUGAUGUUGUAAUGCAGUAUAAGCUGGUUUCGAGGGAGACGUUGUGGCUUGGGGUUAGAAUGGUGUUGAAGAUCGUUACGUCUGUCGUUUGGAUUAUCAUCUUUCUAGUGUUCUACACUAGGAUGUGGAGUCAGAGGAACAACGAUGGGCGUUGGACAAGCGCAGCUAAUAAACGCGUGGUGAAUUUUCUUGAAGUUGUGUUUGUAUUCAUCCUCCCCGAAAUUUUAGCGCUUGUUUUGUUUAUUAUCCCGUGGGUUCGUAACUUUCUCGAAAACACUAACUGGAGAGUCUUUUACAUCAUAACUUGGUGGUUUCAGAGUAAAGCGUUUGUCGGUCGUGGACUUAGGGAAGGUCUAGUCGAUAACAUCAAGUAUUCGUUGUUCUGGAUCGCAGUUCUCGCCACCAAGUUUACUUUUAGCUACUUCUUGCAGAUAAAACCGAUGAUUCAACCCACAAAGGCCAUUUUAGACCUCGACGAUGUGGAAUACGAAUGGCAUCAGUUCUUCGGUAACAGUAACAGGUUUGCUGUAGGGCUGUUAUGGCUACCCGUUGUGUUGAUUUACUUAAUGGAUUUACAGAUCUGGUACUCGAUUUACUCUUCGUUUGUGGGUGCGGGUGUUGGGUUGCUUAGCCAUUUGGGUGAGAUUCGAAAUGUACAACAGUUGAGGUUACGGUUUCAGUUUUUCGCUAGUGCGAUGCAGUUUAAUCUCAUGCCGGAAGAACAGUUGCUGAACACAAGAGGGACUUUAAGGAGUAAGUUUAAAGAUGCCCUUCAUAGAUUUCAAUUAAGAUAUGGUUUCGGAACACCGUUUAAGAAACUUGAUUCGAAUCAAAUCGAGGCCCAUAAAUUUGCAUUGAUUUGGAAUGAAAUAAUCUUAACGUUUAGAGAAGAAGAUAUUGUUAGUGAUCGUGAAGUCGAACUUCUGGAAUUACCGCAAAAUACGUGGAAUGUUAACGUCGUAAGGUGGCCGUGCUUUUUAUUAGCUAACGAAUUACUUCUUGCGCUACGGCAAGCGAAAGAAUUGGUAGACGCGCCUGACAAGUGGCUAUGGUCGAAAAUCAAGAAACACGAGUACAGACGUUGUUCUGUCAUUGAAACUUACGAUAGCGUCCGACACUUGCUGCUCACGAUCGUACAAUACAACACUCAGGAGCACUCAAUUGUCACGACGAUUUUUCAAGAAAUCGAUAACUCGAUCAAUAUCGGAAAGUUUACCAAGACUUUUAACAUGUAUGCGCUUCCGAAGAUCCAUAACCAUCUGAUCACUCUUGUGGGUUUGUUAACAAAGUCGAAAAAAGAUGUCAACAAGGUGAUUAACAUACUCCAAGCACUUUACGAGGUUGUUAUUCGCGACUUCUUUAGAGAAAAACGAACGAUGAAUGAGCUGAAAGAAGACGGGCUGGCCCCACAUAGACCGCUUUCAGGAGCGGGUUUGCUUUUCGAGAAUGCGGUUGAGUUACCCGGUUCAGAAAACGAGAAUUUCUAUAGACAGACGCGAAGACUGCACACGAUUCUUACUUCACGUGACUCCAUGAAUAACAUUCCGGUGAAUAUAGAAGCGAGAAGACGGAUUGCGUUCUUUAGCAACUCGCUGUUUAUGAAUAUUCCUCACGCACCACAAGUUGAAAAGAUGAUGGCGUUUAGCGUCUUGACGCCGUAUUACAACGAAGAAGUGGUGUACAGUAAGGAGCAGCUUAGAACCGAAAAUGAAGACGGGAUUUCCGUUCUUUAUUAUUUGCAAACGAUAUACGCUGAUGAAUGGGUUAACUUUUUGCAAAGGAUGAAACGAGAAGGAAUGGUGUCGGAAGAUGAGUUAUGGACGAAUAAGCUGAGAGAUCUUCGGCUUUGGGCUUCGUAUAGAGGCCAGACGCUGGCCCGUACGGUUCGGGGAAUGAUGUACUAUUACCGGGCUCUAAAAAUGCUGGCGUUUCUUGAUUCGGCUUCCGAAAUGGACAUUCGUGAAGGCGCACGGGAGCUCGUUCCGUUAGGGAGUAUUAGCAGUGCGGAUGGUUCCAUUCGUGCGGGUCGGAGUUUACAAAGAGCGGAUAGUACGAUGAGUACUAUGUUUAAGGGGCAUGAGUAUGGAACCGCAUUGAUGAAGUACACUUAUGUUGUUGCGUGUCAGAUAUACGGUACUCAAAAGGCGAAAAAAGAUCCCCACGCUGAAGAGAUUUUGUAUUUGAUGAAAAACAAUGAAGCUCUUCGCGUUGCGUAUGUUGAUGAGGUGGUGAAACGAGACGGAACGGAUUAUUAUUCCGUUCUUGUGAAGUACGAUCAGGAAUUAGAAAAAGAAGUCGAAGUUUAUCGGGUGAAGUUACCAGGUCCGUUAAAGCUCGGAGAAGGAAAACCCGAGAAUCAAAACCAUGCGCUUAUUUUUACUCGCGGGGAUGCGGUUCAAACUAUCGACAUGAAUCAAGAUAAUUACUUCGAAGAAGCUCUUAAAAUGAGGAAUUUACUCGAAGAAUACAAAAUGAAAUACGGUCUUCGCAAGCCGAAUAUUUUGGGAGUUAGAGAAAACAUCUUUACGGGUUCCGUUUCUUCACUUGCUUGGUUCAUGUCGGCUCAAGAAACGAGUUUUGUCACAUUGGGUCAACGGGUUUUAGCCAACCCGUUGAAAAUCCGGUUGCAUUAUGGCCAUCCUGAUGUGUUCGAUCGGUUUUGGUUCUUAACUCGGGGCGGGCUUAGUAAAGCUUCCAGAUUAAUCAACUUAAGUGAAGACAUUUUUGCUGGAUUUAACUGCACGUUAAGAGGCGGGAAUGUGACGCACCAUGAGUAUAUUCAAGUCGGUAAAGGAAGAGAUGUUGGGUUAAACCAAGUAUCGAUGUUUGAGGCGAAAGUCGCAAGCGGAAAUGGUGAGCAAGUUCUUAGUCGAGACGUGUAUAGAUUGGGUCAUAGGCUUGAUUUUUUCAGAAUGCUUUCGUUUUUCUACACGACGGUUGGUUUCUUUUUCAACACGAUGAUGAUUUCGUUAACCGUUUACGCGUUCUUGUGGGGCCGGUUAUAUCUUGCGCUUAGCGGGGUCGAGAAUUCUGUCACAGGAGAUGCCAGCACAAAUCGAGCGUUAGGGACAAUCUUAAACCAGCAGUUUAUCGUCCAACUUGGUAUUUUCACCGCUUUACCGAUGAUUGUCGAAAAUACCCUCGAGUUAGGGUUUCUCUCAGCCAUCUGGGAUUUCAUAACAAUGCAGCUUCAGCUUUCUUCGGUUUUCUACACCUUUUCGUUAGGAACUCGUUCGCAUUAUUUCGGGCGAACGAUUCUUCACGGGGGUGCAAAAUACCGCGCAACGGGUCGUGGUUUUGUCGUCGAACACAAGAAAUUCGCCGAAAAUUACCGACUCUACGCUCGAAGCCAUUUCAUAAAAGCAAUCGAGCUCGGUUUGAUCCUAACCGUUUACGCUGGAUACAGUCCCGUUGCUAAAGGAACAUUCACGUACAUCGCAUUAACUAUUUCAAGUUGGUUCCUUGUGUUUUCAUGGAUUAUGGCACCGUUUGUGUUCAAUCCCUCCGGGUUUGAUUGGUUAAAAACGGUUUACGAUUACGACGAUUUCAUGAACUGGAUCGGGUUUCGUGGGGGCGUGUUCGCAAAAUCCGAAGAGAGUUGGGAACGAUGGUGGUAUGAAGAGCAAGAUCAUUUGAGGAACACCGGUUUAUUCGGGAAAAUUUUCGAAAUUAUUUUGGAUUUACGGUUUUUCUUUUUCCAAUACGGGAUCGUUUACCAGUUGGGUAUCGCCGCUGGUAGCAAAAGCUUUGCAGUAUAUAUACUUUCUUGGAUUUACGUGAUUGUGGCUCUUGUAUUGUAUACGGUAGUGGUCUACGCGCGUGAUAAAUAUUCUGCCCGGGAACAUAUUUAUUAUCGGUUAGUUCAGUUUCUGGUUGUUGCUCUUGGGAUACUGAUACUAAUCGCUUUGUUGGAGUUCACACAGUUCAAGUUUCUUGAUAUCUUCACGAGUCUGUUGGCGUUCCUUCCCACUGGUUGGGGAUUUCUUUUGAUUGCGCAAGUAUUCCGGCCCGUUUUGGAGAAAACUAUAUUCUGGGGUACUGUUGUGUCUGUGGCCCGCACGUACGAUACUAUGUUUGGCGUGAUUGUCUUGACCCCAGUGGCGGUUUUAUCAUGGAUGCCGGGUUUCCAGUCGAUGCAAACGAGAAUCUUGUUUAAUGAAGCUUUUAGUCGGGGUCUGCGUAUUUUCCAGAUCAUUGUUGGAAAGAAAUCAAAAGCUUAAAUCAUGAUUGGAUUGGAGGUUUGAAGCUGAGAGGAAGAAGUAUAGAAUACAGGUUUGAUUCUUCUGAUUAUCUACUUGUUUAUGUGAAAAGAGAGAGGAUAACACCAUUUUCCAUACCAUUUUAUUUAUUGGGUAUAAUUUUUUGUAAAGUGACGGCUUUUAUAGUAUGUAUGUGUUCAGCAAUAUAGGGGAGGGUUUCUUUGAUAUUAUUGUAAUGGAAUUUUACUUGUUUAUGUGUAUUUAUAUGAUAUCUUGCAUAACUUGAUUUA